AUGUGUGAGCACAAAUUUACACUUAGAAACUGCUAUCUUUAUCUAUCUAUCUCUACCCAUCUAUUCACUGAUUCAUCUAUGUCUGUUCAUAGCUAUCUAUCUUCACAUCUUUCUAUCUUUCUGUGUUCACAUCUUUCUGUCUAUCUAUCUGUGUUCACAUCUUUCUAUCUAUCUAUCUCUGUUCAUAUCUCUAACUGUCUAUCUAUCUCUGUUCAUAUCUCUGUCUAUCUAUCUCUGUUCAUAUCUCUAACUGUCUAUCUAUCUCUGUUCAUAUCUCUAACUGUCUGUCUAUCUAUGUUCAUAUCUCUAACUGUCUGUCUAUCUAUCUCUGUUCAUAUCUCUGUCUAUCUAUCUCUGUUCAUAUCUCUAACUGUCUGUCUAUCUAUCUCUGUUCAUAUCUCUGUCUAUCUAUCUCUGUUCAUAUCUCUGUCUAUCUAUCUCUGUUCAUAUCUCUGUCUAUCUAUCUCUGUUCAUAUCUCUGUCUAUCUAUCUCUGUUCAUAUCUCUGUCUAUCUAUCUCUGUUCAUAUCUCUGUCUAUCUAUCUCUGUUCAUAUCUCUAUCUGUUCCUAUCUAUCUCAACUCAAAAUGUCUCCUUUCUUCACAUCUACUUCAUCCAUCAAAAUGUACAGCUUUUAUAAAAUGUAA